UCCUGGAAGCCUUCUCAGUGAUGUAUAGAAUGCUGAAGCUUGGGUUUGUUCCAAAUGCUGUGAGUUUCAACAUGCUUGUUGAUGGUUGUUGCCGGAACGGCGAGGUUGAUCUUGCUCUUCAGCUUGUGAAAAAAAUUUCACUGGUCUCUGGGAGAAGAGUUGAGCCAAAUGCAGUAACUUUUAACAGCAUUCUCAAUGGGCUUUGCAAAGCUGGGAAGCUGGAGAUUGCUGAGAGAGUGUUUAGAGAGGACAUAAAAGAACCAAAUGUGAGAAGCUAUGCAACUCUCAUUGAUGGAUAUGCUAGAGAUGGGCAGAUGGUUAAUGCUCUCAAGGGCUAUGCCGAGGAGGCUUCGGUGUUCUUGUCGGAUAUAAUGCAGUGCUCUGUCUCUCCUGACAAGUUCACGUAUUCAACAAUUAUCGAUAGUUGUUGCAGAAAUGGUGAUUUGCGAGAAGCGGUCCGGGUUUAUCGGAGGAUUAGAGAAGAAAACCUUGUGAUAGAUUCAGCUCCUUAUAAUAGUUUGAUCAAUUGUUUAUGCAAGCAUGGUAAGUUUAGAGAAGCUAGACAAUUACUUGGGAUUAUGAUCACUAGUGGUUCAGCUCCUGAUGUUGUGACCUUUACUUCUCUUAUUGAUGGAUACUGCAAAGGAAGUAGAUUAGAUGAUGCUCUUGAAACUUAUGAUGGAAUGGUGAAGUCCGGAGAGAAGCCUAAUCUUGUGACAUAUAAUGCAUAUGUUAAUGGUUUGUGCAGAACUGAAUCAGUUGAUGUUGCGAGGCAUGUCGCCGAGAAUACGAGGAUGGAUGUGUUCACUUAUAACACUCUGAUGAAUGGGUAUUGCAGCAGUACGAGGGAUUGAGGAAGCAUUGAAUUUAUAUGAGGAAAUGAGAGAAAGAGGAGUCAUGGUGAAUGUAGUGACUUACAAUGUGUUGAUCAAUCAUCUUUGUAAGUUCAAGUGUUUUCAGGAAGCAAAGGAGUUGAUGAAGGUGAUGUGCAAGAAGGGUUUGAUUCCAGAUAGUAUUACUUACACUACUCUGAUCACUGAGUUUUGCAAGCAUUGCAGUGCAAACGAAGCCAUUGAACUGCAUGAUUACAUGGUGCUUAGAGGUGUGCCUGUUGAUCAGCAUGCACAAAAUGCCAUUAAGCUUUUGAUUCAAAGAGAAGGUUUGCCUGAUGAUAAUGGUUCUAUUAAUGAAUGAUGUAUACUCAGAGAAAGUCAGAUUGUUGUAUAAUAUAUUUUUUUUUUAAAAGAAAAGA